AUGCGUCAUCCAACAUUGAUUCUCGCGGCAGCUUUUGCCAUCUCAGGAACCACGCCGCCGUGGUUUGCCCAUGCCGCUGCCUCCUAUCCAGGAAGCGGCUCUUAUCAGGCGUCCUCCUUGGAGGAACGGGCAACACCCCAGGCCCCGGACGGGUACGCGCCAGCAACAGUUGACUGCCCGAGCAUCAGACCAGAGAUCCGCGUCGGGUCUUCUCUCAGCCCACAAGAGAAAGAAUGGCUGCCUAGACGACGAACCGAGACGAUAUCACAUAUCCGAGACUUCCUUAAGCGGAAUGCGAUUCCGGGAUUUGACAGCGAUAAAUACUUGAGCGGAGUUACGGCUAAUUCAACUGCCCUGCCUAAUAUCGGCAUCGCGGUUUCCGGCGGCGGUUAUCGGGCAAUGCUUAACGGCGCUGGGGCUGUCGCGGCGUUUGACAGCAGAUCUCCGGGUAGCACCUCAAAAGGCAAUGUUGGAGGGCUCCUGCAAAGUGCGACCUACAUCUCAGGGUUGUCGGGAGGAGGCUGGCUCGUUGGUAGUAUCUAUACCAACAACUUUACUACCGUGCAAAAUGCAGUCAAGUCGGGAACUAUCUGGCAAUUUGGACAAUCCAUCUUGGAAGGCGAGUAUUUCUGCCCAAAAGAUUACAAGGACUACUACAAGAUCAUUUUUGACGAGGCUGAUAAAAAGCACGACGCUGGAUUCAACAGAUCUAUAACUGAUUACUGGGGCCGAAUGUUGUCAUACCAACUCGUCAACGCCAAGGACGGUGGUCCAAGUUAUACCUUUUCAUCUAUCGCCGACGACUCUGACUUUUCUGCGGCAAAAACGCCACUUCCAUUUCUUGUUGCAGAUAGUCGUGCUCCGGGGGAGAAAAAUACGACGAUCGAUGACGCCUUGUUCGAAUUCAACCCGUGGGAACUCGGUUCAACAGACCCUUCGCUGAAUGGGUUUGUCCCCCUCAAGUAUGUGGGCUCCAAGUUCAAUAAUGGCAAGCUCACUGAUUCCGAAAAGUGCAUUGCUGGCUUUGACAACGUUGGCUUUGUUAUGGGCACAUCCAGUAGUCUAUUCAAUCAGAUUCUUCUUCGACUCAAGGAUAAUGGAAAUAAAUACGUUCCAGCAGAUGUACCCAAGUUUGUGGUCAAAAUUAUUCUCGAAAUACUAACGGCCCUUGGAGACGCCAAUAAUGACAUUGCCGAUUGGACGCCGAAUCCAUUCAAAGGCUGGAAUAAGGCCGUCAAUAAAGCUGCUACGUCAGAUCAUCUUACACUCGUCGACGGCGGCGAGGACGGGCAAAACGUGCCAUACCAUCCGCACCUCCUUCUGGAACGGAAAGUUGAUGUCGUCUUCUCGGUCGACUCGUCCGCUGACACAAAUUCAUGGCCAGAUGGCGCCGCACCUAUGAGGACAUACGAACGCUCGCUUAGUCCCGUCUCCAACGGCACGAGCUUCCCCGUCGUGCCUGGUCGCAACUCAUUUAUCAAUCUUGGCCUCAAUACCAAGCCGACAUUCUUCGGCUGCAACUCAACCAAUACUACGAAUGCCGCACCGCUCAUCGUCUAUCUGCCCAACUACCCCUACCAGUUCCACUCCAACAUUUCUACCUUUUCGUUGAGCGUCAAUAACAGUGAGCGCGAUGCCAUGAUAUCAAAUGGCUGGGCCGUUGUGACGCAACUAAACGGUACUCGUGAUGCAGAUUGGUCGACUUGUGUUAGUUGUGCCAUGCUGCAGCGCAGCUUUGAGCGAACGAAAACCCCCAUUCCAGCCAAGUGCAACCAGUGCUUCUCACGGUACUGCUGGAAUGGUACCAUAGAUGAACGUUCCCCUGCGAAGAGUUACGAGCCACAGUUGUACGGAACAGUCAUAGAUGUUGAGGAGAAGAGUGCUGGUCUGCGGCUAUUUAGCAGCGCUUUAGUUGCUCUGGCCACCGUUACUGCUUGCCUGGCUGUCACGCUGUGA